AUGGGAGAACUCACAAGCCUCAUUCUUGACGGCUGCUGUUUUUUCGGCCUGCCCAGAGACAUCGGGCAGCUCCAGAACUUGGUUACAGUGAAGCUGUUUUCCAAACGUCUUCUUCACCUGCCUGACUCGUUCGGGCAGCUGGGGCAGCUGAAAGAGCUGACCAUAUACGAAUGCUACGACUUCUUCCACCUCCCUGCCUCCUUCACCAACCUCUCUUCACUAGAAACCCUUCUCAUUUAUGGUGGAUCCUCGCUCAGGGAGUUGCCGCUGGGUUUUGAGAAGCUGUCGAAGCUACAGCGACUAGAGCUGCUAAACUGCGGCAUGACGUACCUGCCUGAUAGGUUCGGGGAGCUGCCGAGCCUGGAAAUCCUCAAACUUCAAACGACCGGCACGUACAGAAGAGUCGGGGUUAAUUUCGAACCUGCCCCACGGCCCGCUCAUCUGGGGUAUGAGAGCGAAGGCGAGGAAUUUCAACUGGACGGAUCCUGCACUCUACAGGGCUUCCCCUCCUCCUUCAGCCUGCUCACGCGCCUGGAGCAGCUGAUUAUCGAUGGGUGUGAGAUGCUGGAGGAGCUUCCAAGCGGCAUGGGCAAUCUGCGCAGCCUGAGGGUUCUGAAAGUGGAGAAUUGCGAGCGUCUGAAGUCAGUGAUCAUUUCAAAUGUCUUCAAGUCAGCUCACUACCUCCCAGAAUCCUUCCUUUCCCUCGACCGCCUUCUUCACUUGAACCUAUAUGACCUCCGAUCCCUCAAGCAGCUUAUAGCCCCCCCAUCCCUCUCCCAAACCCCAGACAAAGCCGGAGCUGACGAGAAAUCCACACCUCUUGCUCCUCUGAACGAGCUUUCGACAAUGCCUGGAUCUAUCGGGCACGCGGGGUUGGGGCGCCUGUCGGCUCUGGUGCACCUUCACAUAGUCAACACCAACCUCCCCUCACUUCUGGACAACUUGGGAGAUUUGAAAGAGCUGGCGGUGCUGCUGCUAGAGAAGUGCCACGCCAUGACAUCCCUUCCUGCCUCCAUGGCUUCCCUUCCCAAACUGCAGCAGAUUGAUCUCAAGUCCCUUCCUCUGCUGACUUACCUGCCUGAGAAUCUCGGGCAGCUGAAGGCACUCAAUGAGCUGGGUUUGGAUUCGUGCAAAAGCCUGCAGGACCUUCCGUCCUCCUUCACUCUGCUCUCCUCCCUCAUAAUGCUGAGCAUCAUCAACUGUCCUAAGAUCACCUGUCUUCCAGAUUCCCUCGCCUCCUUCACCCGCCUUUCCUCUCUGAAACUCAAUCGUCUGCCCAAGCUACAGUUACUCCCUUCUCCGUUCUCCCUCCCAUCACUAAUCCAAGUCUCGCUGCAAGAAUGCAAGGCACUGAGGGCUCUGCCCAGUGACUUGGGCAGUUUGUCCUGUCUUAGGGAGGUGGAUCUGGACGGGUGUAAGCAGCUGAAGGAGCUGCCUCAAUCGCUGGUGGAUAGGUCCGUCUCCGCUAUGGAGUCACUCACAAGCCUCGUGCUUGACGGCUGCGUCCUUCACGAGCUGCCCGGAGACAUCGGGCAGCUUUCGAACCUGGUUUCACUGAAGCUGGCCAGUAGCGAACUUGUUAGGCUGCCCGACUCGUUCGGGCAACUGGGGAAGCUGAAGGAAUUAGUAUUCAUGGAAUGCAACAGCCUGCUUGAGCUUCCAAACUCCUUUGCCAAUCUCUCCUCCUUGGAAACCCUUUUCAUCUACGGUGGGGCUUCUCUAGUAGACCUCCCUCCGGGUUUUGAAACCCUCCCGAAGCUGCGUACGCUCUACCUCUUCAACUGCGUCUUUGCGAGCCUGCCGGACAGGUUCGGGGACCUGCCGAGCCUGGAAGUUCUCAGGAUCGGGACCAAGGCAACGUACAGCAGGAACAGGCUCGAGACAGGCAGCGAAUCGGAUUACGGAAAUGAGCUGGAAGGCGCGUGCGCGCUCCACAUGCUUCCCCAGUCCCUGGUUCGCCUCACAGGCCUGGUAGAGCUCGUGUUGGAGGGGUGUGAGAUGCUGGAGGAGUUGCCAGCAGGCAUGGGGGGGCUGGCCGGCCUUAGAGUGCUCCAGGUGACGAAUUGCCCUCAGCUGCGGCUCUUCCCGUCGCUGUUAUCCACGCCCAGUCACACCACUGCAGGAGAUUCUUCUACUCUGGAUUCUGACCCCCCUCCACCUCCUCCUCCUCCUCCGCCUGCUGCUGCUGGUGCUGGGCCUGCUGCUGCCGCUGCUGCUGCCGCUGCUGCUGCUGCUGCUGCUGCUGCUGCUGCUGCUGCUGCUGCUGCUGCUGCUGCUGCUGCUGCUGCUGCUGCUGCUGCUGCUGCUGCUGCUGCUGCCACUCCUGGUCCCCCAUUGCCAUUGCUGGAGCAGCUGGAGAUAUCUGACUGCCCGCGCCUGGAGAGCCUCCCAGAGGGCCUGCAUCUGCUGCCUAGACUGGAACACCUCGCUCUUGAAGACUGCCCCAGUCUAAAGCCCACACACCAGAGCGCCUUGCCACCACCUGCAUCCCCGCCCCCACACUGCAACACCUUCCUGUCCGUACUCUCCCCACCAUCGACCUCCUCCUCCUCCCGUCCUCUUAUUGCCCCUAUCUCCCUUCCGAGUUCCGUGAAAACCAUCAUUCUCUCAAAUGUCUUCCAGUCAGCCCACUACCUCCCAGAGUCUCUUCUUUCCCUCGGCCAACUCACCCACUUGAACAUCUACGACCUUCCAUCUCUCCAGCAGCUGAUAGCCCCUCCGCUUGUAACCCAGUCCUCAGCCCACGCCCAAGCCACCCCUGACGACCAGUCUGAAAGAUUUGAUUCCGAUUCUGAUGUGCCGGCUAGAUUGGAUCUCCUGUCUUCCCUGCAGCAUCUUCACAUCGCCCUCUCCAACCUCUCUGCACUCCCCCAAACCUUGGGCAAUCUGGUGCAGCUGAGAGUGCUGCUGCUAGAGGAGUGCCCUGCCAUGACCUCCCUUCCCGCCUCCCUCACUAGCUUCUCCACUCUCCAACAACUGACACUCAAGUCCCUCCCCUUGCUGACCCACCUGCCUGAGGAUAUCGGGCAGCUUAAAGCCCUGCGCGAUCUGAGCCUAGAGUCCUGCCAACCUCUUAAAGCCCUGCCGCCCUCCUUCACCCUCGUCUCCUCCCUCAUGCGUCUCACCAUCGUAGACUGUCCUAACUUCACCCACCUCCCGGAUUCCAUCUCCUCUCUCUCCAGCCUUGCCUCUCUCACACUCAAACGCCUAGCAUUCCUCCGCCGCCUCCCCUCCCCUCUCUCCCUCCCGCGCCUCAUCAACCUCUCCCUGCAAGGAUGCAAGCGGCUGAGGGCUCUGCCCUGCGACUUGGGCAGUUUGUCCUGUCUGAGGGAGGUGGAUCUCGACGGGUGUACGCAUCUGGAGGAGCUGCCAGUGUCGCUGGUGGAUCGUAUGAAUGUGAUUACAGUGAAGGGUUCUUGGGGAUGGCACCUGUAG